CCCACACGGUUAACACCGCCGUGGUCACGUAAAUAAGGCGUUUCCAUACAUCAAGUUCCGCGAACGUCAGGAGCAUCGAGGGUGGAAUGAUAAGUUUGCGGAGGUAAAGAGAAAUUCCGAUGUAAGUGGACGUCGCCUCUAUGUGUCAUGACUGGCGAUUUUCGUCGGGUAACAGGAUAUGGGGCGAAGUAUGUCACCGCUGUCUAGGAACCGCACGUCGCUUUCAGCGCUCUAGGGGAAACGAUCUUUAUCUGGCCAGCCGGCGACGCAAUGGAUGUGGUAAACGUUUCUUAUCUGGCGUUAUUUUCCCAGAAAAAUCAAUUCCAAUGUCCACUCCGAUAAUAUACGCUAUUCACUACUGGAAUUCAAAGCGCAAUGCAAGAAGUGCCGAUUAUCAGAGAACGUCCGCAGAAAUCUGUGACAUGCAGCCGUUUAACUGUCCUCGAUAGACAUGGAAGUGC